AUGGCCACAACUCCAGAAGCAGCCGAGACUUUCGACCACGCCAACCAACCGGUAACGCACCACCGCUACCGCAUCAACGGUAUCCGCAUGCACUUCAUCACCGCCGGCACUGGGCCUCCUUUACUCCUCCUCCACGGCACGCCCAAGAACUCGUUCUACUGGUACCGCAUCUUCCCCCUCCUAACCCGGUAUUUCACGCUCGUGGCGCCGGAUCUGAGGGGGUUCGGGUACACGGAUAAACCGCCUUCGACGACGGGAUAUACGAGUGAGGAGAAUGCUGAUGACAUGGCUGAACUGAUGAGCCAACUCGGACACCAGGAGUUCGUCGUGCACGGUGAAGACCGCGGCGCUGACUACGCGUAUGCUUUGGCUGCGAAGUAUCCCGAGAGGAUCAAGGGGGUAUGUUUUGGGGAAAUGGUGCUGAGCGGGUUUGGGUUGGAGGAGACGAGUUUUUGGACGCCCGAGAAUGUGAGCAGGCAGUAUAGGAAGGAGGGGGUGUGGUGCUGGCAUUUGGGCUUCUUUGCUAUUCCGGGGUUGCCGGAGAUGCUGAUUCAAGGGAAGGAGAGGGAGUUUUGGGAGAUGUUCAUGAAGCAGGAGUGCUACAAUCCAACCACAAUCGAGCCCAAGGCGCUCAAUCAUUGGAUCGAGUGCGUGAAGCAGCCUGGGUGUUUGAGCGGGAUCCUGGCCACUUACCGUGCUGGACAUGAGAACGGAGCUAUUCAUCACCGGAUGCUGAAGGAGGGAGGAAAAUUGAAGAUGCCUGUGAUGACCAUCGGGGCACCUGAGUUCUUCGGCCCGCAGGUUGAGGAGUGUAUUUCUAAGGUUGUGGAGAUAGUGCAGAGGAGUGAGCUGUUUGAGGAGUGUGGACACAGUCUUGCGCUCGAGAAGCCGGAGAGGUUGGCGAGAUGCUUGACAGAGUUCUUUCUGGGACAGCCGGUGGGCGGAUAG